AUGCAGUCCUGCAGCUGUUUGCUGUUCUCCUUCCUGCUGAUCAUCACUGUUCUGCACUGCAGCGUUGAAAGCUUCAGAGUCCGACAGCAGCCGCAGGUAGGCCGGCCCCUUCUGAGGCCUCGGGCAGCUUUUCACUUCCGUCCCGGAGGAGUGAAGAGGGAAGGGGAGGAGCUAACGGCAAAACUGCUCCUAUUGGACGACAUGGUGAGGAUGGAGAAUGAUGUCAUGGAGCCGAAGAGGAAGAGGAGUUUCCCCGGCAACAACGCACCUCUGGACCGCCUGUCAAUCAGCUCCAUGGAAACCAAACACGCAACAAACAAGCAGAGUAAAGUCGCAGAGUUGCCACGGCGACGAGCCCAUCCUCCUCCCAUUGACAGGAUUGGGAUGAGUCGUCUACCGAGCAGCAGAGGAUAG